UACGAAGCCCUGUCAUACGUCUGGGGCGAUCCAGCCAAGACCGAGUCCAUGACGCUCAACGGAAUGACGUUUGGCCUCUCGGCGAAUUUAAAAGACGCGUUGAUCAACUUGCGCGAGCGGGAUACGGAGCGCACCCUGUGGGUAGACGCCCUGUGCAUUAACCAGGACGACGACACGGAGAAGCACCGCGAGGUCAUGCGUAUGCGCGCCAUCUACUAUAGCGCCAAGCGCGUGGUUGUGUGGCUCGGCGAUGCCGUUUUCGACAGCAACAUGGCCAUCGAAUGGGCAGAGCAAAUUCACCUGCACUUCAAGGCCUAUCUAACGCGGCUUGGUGCGUUUGGUCUGCUCAUGCCAUAUCAUGCCCUCCGCUGGAAGGCGCUCCAUCGACUCCUCUCACGGCCCUGGUUCGGGCGCGCCUGG